UGCUGCAGCGCAUGCCUGGGCGAUGGGGCUGAAGAGCGCCCAGAAGGCCCUCUUCCCGCUCCGCUCGGUGUCGGACGUGGUGCGCCUCUUUGAGCUGGAGCUGCGCCGCGAGCAGCCCGACCUGGUGCUGCUCUCCCUGGUGCUGGGCUUCGUGGAGCACUUCUUGGCCGUCAACCGGGUGCUGCCCACCAACGUGCCGGGCAUCAGCUUCGAGCCGGCCCAAGGCCCCGAGAGCCUGACCUACUUCCCGGUGGCCGACCUCAGCAUCGUGGGCGCCCUCCACGCCCGCUUCACCGCCCAGAUCCGGGGGGCCGUCGACCUCUCGCUCUACCCCCGGCCGGACGGGUACUCCUCCCGGGAGCUGGUCAAGAAAGUCUCGGACGUCAUCUGGAACAGCCUGAGCCGCUCCUACUUCAAGGAUCGGGCCCACAUCCAGUCCCUCUUCAGCUUCAUCACAGGUGAGGGUGGGACCAAACUGGACAGCUCUGGCGUGGCCUUUGCGGUGGUGGGGGCCUGCCAGGCGCUGGGGCUGCUGGAUGUCCACCUGGCGCUCUCCGAGGACCACGCCUGGGUCGUCUUCGGCAAGGACGGCGAGCAGACGGCGGAGGUGACGUGGCACGGAAAGGGCAACGAGGACCGGCGGGGGCAGACCGUCAAUGCCGGCGUGGCCGAACGGAGCUGGCUGUACCUGAAAGGCUCCUGCCUGUGCUGCACCCGCCAGAUGGAGGUGGCCUUCAUGGUCUGCGCCAUUAACCCCUCCAUCGACCUCCACUCGGACAGCUUGGAGUUGCUGCAACUGCAACAGAAAUUGCUUUGGGUCCUCUACGAUUUAGGCCACCUGGAAAAGUAUCCGAUGGCCUUGGGGAACUUGGCCGACUUGGAGGAACUUGAGCCCACGCCUGGACGCCCUGACCCGCUCUUCCUUUAUCACCAGGGUAUCAAUUCAGCCAAGCAGUACUACCACAAUGAACAUAUCUAUCCGUACAUGUAUUUGGCUGGGUACCAUUGCCGGAACAAAAACGUCAAGGAGGCGCUGGAGGCCUGGGCCGACUCCGCCACCGUUAUCCAAGAUUAUAACUAUUGCCGAGAAGACGAGGAGAUCUACAAGGAGUUCUUCGACGUGGCCAACGAUGUGAUUCCCAAUUUAUUAAAAGAGGUGGCCAGCUUGGCCGACAUGGCCGAAGAGAAAGGAAGCGGCGACAGAGGAGAGGGUUCCCCAUCCCAACAUGGGGGGUCAGCCCUCCAGGACCCCGAGUGCUUUGCCCACCUCCUGCGCUUCUAUGACGGCAUCUGCAAGUGGGAAGAGGGCAGCCCCACGCCGGUCCUCCAUGUCGGGUGGGCCACCUUCUUGGUCCAGUCCUUGAGCCGCUUCGAUGGGACGGUCCGGCAGAAGGUGACCCUCGUGAGCCGGGACGUGGAAGCGAACGAGGACGACGACCAAGGCAGCGAAGACCCUCGGGAAGGCCGCCGCCGGGGCCCCCGACGAGAGUCCAAGCCCGAAGAGCCUCCAUUGCCCAAGAAGGUGACCGAGCGCCGGCGUCCGAGCUCCAGCCAGAGGGUGGACAGGCCGCCUCCGGAGAAGGAAGAAGGCCCCGGCGGGGGUCCGAGUCCCCCUCCGGAGGGUCCCAUCCUCACCUUCCAGAGCGAGAAGAUGAAGGGCAUGAAGGAGUUGCUGGUGGCGGCCAAGAUCAACUCCAGCGCCAUCAAACUCCAGCUCACGGCGCAGUCCCAAGUGCAGCUGAAGAAGCAGAAGGCGUCCGCACCACGGGACUACACGUUGGCCUUCCUCAAAAGACCCCGCAAGUCCCUCUGAGGCCAGUUGGGGGCAGCAGCGCUGUCUUCAACGGCAGGGACAUCUCUGGCAUUUUCAGGGACCAUAGAAACUCAUCUGUCUGGGAAGGGGACAAAUCCUUUCCGUUGGAGGUCUUCUCCUCCCCCCAACUACUGAAAACCACAGAGUCUUGGUCACAGUUGCAGAGAUUUCAUAGCACAGCCUCUGAUGUUGAAUCUCACUAGCUUGGGUGUCACUCUGUAUCCUAUAUUAGUUUCCGAAUAGAGUAAUAAAAAGUCAGAGUUCUAACUCCUCCCAGGACUAACAAUUAAAACUUGUAGGAAAAAUUGGACUGUAGUUCUUGUUUACUUUAUGCCUUCCGUCUGUGUUCUUUCCUGCCUUGUCUUCCAUACACACGUGGUAGGGUUUCUUCAACUUGUAAAACCAACUUGUAACCAACUUCCAAAUGGCUGCACAAUGGGAUGGACUGUCUCAAAGGCAAGUAGAUAAUUCCAAAUCCCCGAAACAGUGCAGAGUCUUGGUCACAGUUGCAGCGAUUUCAUAGCCCAGCCUCCGAUCUUGUAUCUCACCAGCUUGGGUGUCACUCUAUGUCUAUAUCCUAUAUUAUUAUUUUCCUAAUAGAGUAAUAAAAAGUCAAAGUUCUAACUCCUCCCAGGACUAACAAUUGGAGGCUUAAUUCAACUGUACUUCUUGUUUACUUCCUGCCUUCCUUCUGUGUCCUUUCUUGCCUUGUCUUCCAUACACACGUAAUACGAUUUCUUCAACUUGUAAGAAAUCCUACUUGUAAACAACUUCAAGCACCAACUUCCAAAUGGUUGCACAAUGGGAUGUACUGUCUCAAAGGCAAGUAGUUAAUUCCAAAUCCCCGAAACAGUGCAGAGUCUUGGUCGCAGUUGCAGAGAUUUCAUAGCACAGAUUCUUUCUUAUCACCUUCUUCUAAAUGGUUGCACAAUAGGAUGGACUGUCUCAAAGGCAAGUAGUUAAUUCCAAAUCCCCGAAACAGCGCAGAGUCUUGGUCACAAUUGCAGAGAUUUCAUAGCACAGCCUCUGAUGUUGAAUCUCACUAGCUUGGGUGUCACUCUGUAUCCUAUAUUAGUUUCCGAAUAGAGUAAUAAAAAGUCAGAGUUCUAACUCCUCCCAGGACUAACAAUUAAAACUUGUAGGAAAAA